UCGCCUGACCGGAUGAUGACAGAAGUUUUUUGGUCUAAUGUGGGUACUUUUAUCAGGCAGUCAUCCAGUUCAUAACCCAGCCGCUGGUCUGACCUCAGCGGGGACUCUCGGCCCGCCACCGCGCCGUGUUUUCACGAGAUAAACUCUCAGGGACUGUGACAGGCUGCGGUGCCGCCUGGGAACUUUUGGUUUUCUAGAACAGAGACCCGGGUCUUAUUUAACCGGCCAGGAGAGCGGCACAGAGCCCGCUGGGCUGACCGCAGCUGCCGCAAUGGGAAACCGGGGAAUGGAAGACCUCAUUCCCCUCAUCAACAAGCUCCAGGACGCCUUCAGCUCCAUCGGACAGAGCUGCAACUUGGAUCUGCCGCAGAUAGCGGUCGUCGGUGGCCAGAGCGCAGGGAAGAGCUCCGUGUUGGAGAAUUUCGUCGGAAGGGACUUCUUGCCCCGAGGAAGUGGCAUCGUCACCCGUCGUCCUCUCAUCCUCCAGCUGGUCAACUGUAAAGCAGAGUAUGCAGAGUUCCUGCACUGUAAGGGACGCAAGUUUGUGGACUUUGAAGAGGUCCGUCUGGAGAUUGAAGCGGAGACCGACCGGAUCACAGGAUCCAACAAGGGCAUCUCACCCAUCCCCAUCAACCUCCGUGUCUACUCCCCUAAUGUGCUGAACCUGACCCUGAUCGACCUGCCCGGGAUGACCAAAGUGGCUGUGGGAGACCAGCCCCAUGACAUCGAGCACCAGAUUAGAGACAUGCUGAUGCAGUUCAUCACCAAGGAGAGCUGUCUGGUCCUGGCCGUCACCCCGGCUAACAUGGACCUGGCCAACUCUGACGCCCUGAAGAUCGCCAAGGAGGUGGACCCUCAGGGGCUGCGGACUAUCGGUGUGAUCACAAAGCUGGACCUGAUGGACGAGGGGACAGAUGCACGAGACAUCCUGGAAAACAAACUACUGCCACUCCGCAGAGGGUACAUCGGGGUGGUGAACCGCAGUCAGAAGGACAUCGACGGGAAGAAAGACAUCCGUGCCGCUUUGGCUGCUGAGAGGAAGUUCUUCCUGUCUCACCCUGCGUACAGACACAUUGCAGAACGCAUGGGCACACCACACCUGCAGAAGACGCUCAACCAGCAACUUACCAACCACAUCCGUGACACUUUGCCAGGGUUACGCAGUAAGCUGCAGAGCCAGCUGUUGUCACUGGAGAAGGAGGUGGAGGAGUACAAGAACUUCCGUCCCGACGACCCUACACGCAAGACCAAGGCUUUACUCCAGAUGGUGCAGCAGUUUGGCGUGGACUUUGAGAAGUGCAUCGAAGGGUCUGGAGAUCAGGUGGACACCUCCAACUUGUCUGGCGGAGCGAAGAUCAACCGCAUCUUUCACGAACGCUUUCCCUUUGAGCUGGUGAAGAUGGAGUUUGAUGAGAAGGAGCUGAGGAAGGAGAUCAGUUACGCCAUCAAGAACAUCCACGGAGUCAGGACAGGCCUGUUCACCCCAGACAUGGCGUUUGAGGCCAUAGUGAAAAAGCAGAUCAUUAAGCUGAAAGACCCAUGUCUGAAAUGUGUCGACCUGGUCGUCACCGAGCUUGUCACCCUGAUCAGGAAGAGCGCUGAAAAGCUUGGAUCGUACCCUCGACUGAGAGAAGAGACAGAGAGAAUCGUCACCACCUACGUCAGAGAGAGAGACAGCAAGACCAAAGACCAGGUGUUGCUGUUGAUUGACAUAGAGCUGUCCUACAUCAAUACUAACCAUGAGGACUUCAUUGGAUUUGCCAAUGCUCAGCAGAGGACUGCUGCUAACGCCACCAAGAAGAGAGUCAUGCCCAAUCAGGUGAUCCGCAGAGGCUGGCUCACCAUCAACAUCAGCAUCAUGAAGGGAGGAUCCAAGGACUACUGGUUUGUCCUGACUGCUGAGUCUCUCUCCUGGUACAAAGACGAGGAGGAGAAAGAGAAGAAGUACAUGCUGCCUCUGGACAACCUGAAGCUGAGAGACGUGGAGAAGGGCUUCAUGUCCAGCAAACACGUCUUUGCCAUCUUCAACACAGAACAGAGGAAUGUGUAUAAAGACCUGCGUCAGAUUGAGCUGGCGUGUGACACUCAGGAGGACGUUGACAGCUGGAAGGCUUCGUUCCUCAGAGCUGGUGUUUACCCAGAGAAAGACCAGCCUGAGAGUGAAGAUGCGAUGAAUCCUAGCGACACCGUGUCCAUGGACCCACAGCUGGAACGGCAGGUGGAGACCAUCCGCAACCUCGUGGACUCGUACAUCGGCAUCGUCAACAAGUCCAUCAGAGACCUCAUGCCCAAGACCAUCAUGCACCUCAUGAUCAACAGUGCGAAGGACUUCAUCCACUCUGAGCUGCUGGCCUACCUGUACUCAGCCGCGGAUCAGGGCAGUCUGAUGGAGGAGUCGGCAGAGCAGGCCCAGAGGAGAGACGAGAUGCUGAGGAUGUAUCACGCUCUGAAAGAGGCCCUGGUCCUCAUCGGAGACAUCAGCACCACCACCGUUUCUGUCCCCCUGCCUCCACCUGUAGACGACAGCUGGAUUGCCAAGGAGCCAAGUCCUCCACCAGCGUCCCGUGCUGCCGCAGCCACAGCACCUCCUCCUGGUCGGCCCCCAGCAGUGAGGGGUCCCACCCCGGGCCCUCCGCCCCUCAACCCAUCGCCGGCUUUCGGAGCCCCGCCGGUACCAUCUCGACCCGGCCCUGGCCAAGCGGCCUACACAAGCGAUCCCAACUCUGGUUCUGUGCCUCUCAUCCCCUCGAGGCCGGCCCGCGUGCCUCCUGCACUGCCGCCGGGGAUUCCCAGGCGACCUCCACAAGUCCCCUCUCGUCCCAGCCACUGGUGAAGGAAACUCAGGUGUCGAGCACUUCAUCUUGGACCCGCUUGCACUCGGCUUAAGAGGUUCAGAUGUACCACAGAGUUUCUGUAGCUGUUUCCUGAAACUGUUGAUGCUUUGUUUUUAUUGGACAUUCAUGGAAAUACAAGAUUCAGAAAUAAUUGGGAUCAAUUCUGACAUAUGGUUACGGCUGGACUAAAGAUGAUAAUCUUCAUGAUCUGCAAAUAAUAAGACAAACGUACUGAUAACCUUUGUACUUACAUUAUUUAAUCUGUAAAGCGACCUCAGGUUCCAUGAAAGGCACUAUAUAUAUUAAAUGUAUUACUAUUAUUAUUAUUAUCAUCAUCAUUAUUAUUAUUACUACAUACAGGUCUGUUGUUAACCUUACAGAGUAUUUCUGAUGUUUAAUAAAAGCUGAAGAUCAAUAAUCACUCCCUCGUGUUAUAAGAACUACUGAUACAUCCCUCCUUGAAAUGUUUGUCAAGCUCGAGUGAAGCAGGAUGAGUCAACUGGUAAACAAGAAAAUAAUCCAGAGAUAUUGUACACUAUAUUAUGAGGUCCUCCUCUAAAGGUUCAAGAUGUAAAAAUCGGCUGUCUGUCCAAUUCAUACUCCAAACAAACAGGGGGCAGCAUACCACCAGUGUUAUUUGCCAUUAGUUAGUAAUCUUGUUUAACUGUGCAGCGAGCAGUCGCAUAAGCUGACCAGUAGACUCAGAUCACAGGGGAUUGUUGGUGUUGUUAAAAUCAGACUCCUGAGGUACAGUGUAGUUAGGGGCUAGCCAGUUAGCAUGCUAACUACAGUAAAUAUCCCAUCAAUGCAAUACAUAAAAGUCAAAACUGGUAUUUCUUUACAAUCUUUUGAUAAUUCAAGUAAGCAUUUUGCACCUUUAAGAUUGAGACUUUUACUACAUCUUUUUCUUAUACUGCCUAAUAAUGUGUAAUGUGCAGAACGUAAACUGUGCAAAUACCACAAACUAUUAAAUGUAUUUGCAGUCCA